UUUCCCAACACACUUGUUAGUACGUCAUUUUAGUGCGAAAUUUUUGUUUGUUGUAAUAUUUCAUGCAUAGUCAAUUUGGAGCAAAAUACACCUCGAUAAUAUGGUGGACUAUUUUUGUUGUUGAAAAUUCUUGAACUUGUUUAAUAAACUUCAUAGUGAACGUAUCGUAGCAGCAAAAUGGUACUAUUUUUAUCAUUGAUUCAGAUUUGCUUUAUACAAAUCAUGAAGUAAUGUUGCAAAUAAUUAAUUGAACUUGAAUUAAUGGAUAAAGACAGAAAUUGUUUGCAAAUAACUGUAAAACUGUAAGUUUAAGUGAGUGUUCAAAGGCAUGGGAAAAAAUAUAAUAGAAUGAAAUUCAAACGGGCGUGAUUCAAACUAGGAGUGUUCAGACUUUAUCGAUCUGCUUGAGCAAAGUGCAACCGACAUAAUUAUAAGACAUGGUGGUACCACAUGGACCUGGACCAAGCCAUGGUCAAAACGGACAUGGUCAUUACAUGCCGGUAUCCAGAUCUGAAGGCGAAAGAAGGGCGAGUCACAAUCUAGGCAAAUUACAAGGAAGAGAAUCGUUUCUAACAUCGACAAUCAGUAUUUUUGUGGACGGAAAUCAUCUAGCGUUACCAGAUGGUGGAUGGGGAUGGUUGGUGGUUAUGUCGUCGUUUUUUAUUAAUUUGGUAUCAGACGGUAUAACAUGUUGCUUUGGAUUAUUGUAUAUCGAAUUCUUGGAAGAAUUCGGGGCAUCCAAGUCAGCCACAUCGUGGAUUGGAAGCUUGUACGUAGCUGUGCCUUUAGUUGGUGGUCCUAUUGGUAGUGCACUUGUAGACAAAUACGGUUGUAAAAAAAUGACCAUUGUUGGCGCCCUCAUAUCAACAGUGGGCUUCAUCCUCAGUACUUUUGCCAAAAAUAUUGUCGUCAUGUACAUAACUUUUGGGUUCCUGGGCGGUAUUGGUCUAGCGCUAUGCUAUGUCACCGCUGUAGUGGCCAUAGCGUUUUGGUUCGAUAAAUAUCGAACCUUAGCUUUGGGUCUGGCGGCAGCAGGCUGUGGUUUUGGUACCGUGAUAUAUUCACCCCUAAUCACUAUGUUGUCCAUGGAAUAUGGAUGGAGAGGAACCGUACUUAUUCUAGCUGGAUUGUUUGCCAAUAUGGUCGUGUGCGGAUUAUUGCAGAGGGAUCCUGAAUGGAUCAUUAAGCAAGAAAGAGACAGAUUGGCAGCAGAGAAAAAAGAAAAAGAAAAAAAGCAACUGAAAAAGAGAAAAGCAAUAAGUGAUGAUAAAUAUGUUAUGGAUAAAGUCACUACUUCUGUGGAUGCAAAGCAGAAAGACCGGUUCCAUUCAGUUGUAGAUUUGCCCACAUACAUCGGCAACCAAAAAGAGAUUCCACUUGAAGUUCUCAAGAAUUUAAGCAAUGAUAAGCACAAGUACAAAAUUAUUUUGGAAAACUACCCCAACUUGCUCUCUAGCAAAAGUCACUCGGAUACCGGUCCGGACAAAUUAGCGGCCGAAGCUUCAAUGGUUAAUACAAGAGUCCCUGUUAAAUAUUCCAUGAAAGUCACUCCUAAAGAUGAUGACGAAAACGCGAGUCAAGCUCUUGUUCCAUUAAAUAAGAGCGCUUUAACCAAACACCAUUCAAAUGAGCAUUUACAGCAUGGUUAUAUGGCAAAUAUGAAGCCAAAGAGACAGUCUGUAGAUAAAGAGCUAUUGAAUAUGCAUCAAUAUAAAAUAACCUCUAGUUGUCCUGAAGAUGUUUGGAAAAGUCAUGUUAAGCUAGAUAGUUCUAAGAGACGACUAUCUGACUUGCCUCAAGAAAAAAGCGAAAAAGAAAAGAAAUGGCAUAAUACUUUUAUGGAAGCUUUCGGAGAUCUGAUUGAUUUCUCUUUGUUUCUUCAACUUCAUUUCUUCCUCGUUAGUAUAGCGACUAUUUUAAUGUGCAUUUGGUUUGCCGUGCCCUUCGUUUACUUGGCAGAUCACAUGGAUGCGAAAAAUUACGAUAAAUUUCAGCAGUCUUUAGCUAUUUCGGUACUUGGAGCUGCUAAUAUUGUAGGCAUGGUUUUUAUUGGGUUCUUAGGAACCAGAAUGAAAGUGGCCACUCUUUACGCAAUUUGUCUGUUUCUUUCUGGAGCAUGUUGCGCUGCCAUGAUGCUGUUUUCAAACAACUACUAUGUUCUUUUGACCUGCUGCGCUGCUUUUGGGCUGUUUUAUGCGUGUCAGCACUCUUUAACGCCAGCUCUUGUAGCGAUAUUGGUUCCGCUCGACAAAUUUAGCAUGGCUUAUGGGCUCAGUUUGCUCUGCCAAGGUAUUGGGAAGCUGACCGGACCACCUUUAGCUGGAAUGUUAUUUGAUAUCACGCAAUCCUACGCCCAAUCGUUUUACCAAGCAGCCUUUUGGAUAGUAAUUUCCGGAGUUCUGAUAGGCAUUAUUCCAUAUACCAAAGAUAAAAAACUGUUCGCUCGAUGACAAGCCUAAGUACAAAAAAUUGAGCUAAAUUAUACAUCUACAUUAUGUUUACUGUUUAAACUGUAGGUAGGUAUGUUAUUUAUUUGAACGAAUGUACUUUGAUUGUUAUAUAUUGUGUUAUAUGCAAAGUUGCCGAAAAUAUAAGGUAUUUAUUAUGUUCUCA